AAAGUUCUGGAGCAUGCUGGGAAAAAUCAGGUGUUGGUCUUUGUCCACUCGAGGAAGGAAACUGGGAAGACAGCUCGAGCGAUCCGUGACAUGUGUCUGGAGAAAGACUCCCUGGGGAUGUUCCUUAAGGAGGGGUCAAUCUCCACAGAGGUCCUCAGGACAGAGGCCGAACAGGUCAAGAAUUUAGAGCUCAAGGAUUUACUGCCUUAUGGUUUCGGGAUCCAUCAUGCAGGAAUGGCCAAGGUUGACCGAAUCUUAGUGGAGGAUUUGUUUGCUGACCGUCACAUCCAGGUUUUGGUGUCCACAUCCACCCUGGCCUGGGGGGUCAACCUGCCUGCCCACACGGUCAUCAUCAAGGGUACACAGAUCUAUAACCCAGAGAAGGGGCGCUGGGUGGAGCUCAGUGCUCUGGACGUGAUGCAGAUGUUUGGGAGAGCUGGACGACCUCAGUACGACACAAAGGGUGAAGGCAUCAUGAUAACCAAUCACAGUGAACUACAGUAUUAUCUGUCUCUGAUGAACCAACAGUUGCCCAUAGAGAGCCAGUUUAUAAGUCGAGCGUCAGAUUGUCUGAAUGCUGAGUGUGUACUGGGAACUGUACAGUCUGUCAAGGAGGCAGUAGACUGGCUGGGAUAUACCUACUUGUAUAUAAGAAUGCUGAGGGCCCCAGCCUUGUACGGAGUCAGUCAUGACAUGCUGAAGGAUGACCCGCUGUUACAACAGAGGAGAAAAGAUCUGAUCCACACUGCUGCCAUGACUCUGGAUAAAAAUAACCUGAUAAAGUACGACAAGAAGACAGGACAGAUUCAGAGUACAGAGUUAGGACGGAUCGCCAGCCACUACUACUGUACAAACGAGACCAUCGCCACCUACAACCAGCUCCUGAAACCCACACUCAGUGAGAUCGAGCUGUUCCGAGUUUUCUCUCUGUCGUCCGAGUUCAAGCACAUUGCUGUCAGGGAGGAGGAGAAGUUAGAAUUACUGAAGCUGUUGGAGAGAGUCCCCAUCCCAAUCAAAGAAAGCAUUGAAGAACCUAGUGCUAAGGUCAAUGUCCUGCUCCAAGCCUACAUCUCCCAGCUGAAGUUGGAGGGGUUUGCCCUGAUGUCUGACAUGGUGUUUGUGACUCAGUCUGCAGGCAGAUUGAUGAGGGCCAUAUUUGAAAUAGUUCUACACAGAGGCUGGGCCCAGCUGGCAGAUAAGGCCCUGGCCCUCUGUAAAAUGGUCAAUAAACGAAUGUGGCAGAGUAUGUGUCCCUUGAGACAGUUCCACGACAAGAAGAUGCCCAUUGAAGUUAUCAAGAAAAUCGAGAAGAAAAACUUCCCAUUUGAACGUCUUUAUGACCUUGAUCCUUUGGAGAUUGGAGAGUUCAUCAGGGUACCCAAGAGUGGGAAGACCAUCCAUAAAUAUGUACACCUGUUCCCUAAGCUUGAGCUGUCUGUCCAUGUCCAGCCGAUCACCAGGGCCACCCUGAGGGUGGAACUGACCAUCACCCCCGACUUCCAGUGGGACGAAAAAAUUCACGGGUCUUCAGAGGCUUUCUGGAUACUGGUGGAAGAUGUGGACAGUGAAGUUAUACUACACCACGAAUACUUCUUACUCAAAAGUAAAUUUGCCCAGGAUGAGCACGUGGUCAAGUUCUUUGUUCCUGUCUUUGAGCCUCUCCCUCCACAGUACUUCAUCCGAGUCGUGUCUGACAGGUGGAUAGGAGCGGAGACCCAGCUCCCGGUCUCAUUCCGUCACCUGAUCCUCCCGGAGAAGUACCCCCCACCCACAGAGUUACUGGACCUACAGCCCCUCCCCGUGUCCGCCCUCAGGAGCCCAGCAUUUGAGAGUCUCUACAGUGACAGAUUCCCGUUCUUUAAUCCAAUCCAGACUCAAGUGUUUAAUGCUGUCUACCACACGGAUGAGAAUGUAUUUAUUGGGGCCCCCACGGGGAGUGGCAAGACCAUCUGUGGAGAGUUCGCCAUACUGAGGAUGUUCUCCCAGAACCCUGACGGUCGAUGUGUGUAUGUCACCCCACUGGAGCCUCUUGCCCAACAGGUCUAUACGGAGUGGUCUGCCAAGUUUGGAGGACAGCUUGGGAAGAAGGUGGUCCUACUCACUGGGGAAACAGGCACUGAUCUCAAACUGCUAGCAAAGGGAAAUAUUAUUAUCAGUACUCCCGAGAUCUGGGAUGUGUUGUCACGGCGAUGGAAGGUCAGAAAGAACGUGCAGAGUGUCAACCUCUUUGUGGUGGAUGAACUUCAUCUGAUUGGUCAGGAAGUUGGGCCGGUGUUAGAGGUAAUCUGCUCCAGGAUGCGUUACAUGUCGGCUCAUUUAGAACACACCAUCCGUGUGGUGGCCCUCAGCUCCUCCAUCUCUAAUGCUAAGGAUGUCUCCCAGUGGCUGGGCUGUACCCCCACGGGAUUCUUCAACUUCCACCCCAAUGUCAGGCCCGUCCCACUGGAACUACACAUACAGGGUUUGAACAUCAGCCAUAAUCUCUCCAGAAUCAUUGCUAUGGCGAAGCCCACGUAUCAAGCCAUCCUCCGUCAUUCUCCAAGGAAACCUGUCAUUGUGUUUGUGCCGUCACGGAAACAGACACGCUUGACUGCUAUUGACAUUUUGACCUUUAGUGCUGCGGAAAUUCAGGUUGAUUCUGAGACGCCACGGAGUCGAUUCCUUCACGUGAAGGAGGAGGACAUUCAGCCAUUCCUGGAGAAAAUAUCGGAUAAGACGCUGAAGGAGACUCUGAGUAACGGUGUGGGGUAUCUCCACGAGGGUCUGUCUGACAUCGAGAGGAAGGCGGUGGAAAACCUCUUCUCUAGCGGCGCCGUACAGGUGUUGGUGGCCUCCCGCAGUCUGGCCUGGGGGAUGAGUGUCUCCGCCUACCUCGUCAUUGUCAUGGAUACACAGUACUAUGAUGGCAAAACUCACUCGUAUGAAGACUACCCUGUGCCUGAUGUUUUACAGAUGAUUGGUCGAGCCAACCGACCCCUUCAGGACCAGGAAGGUAAAGCUUUGAUCAUGUGUCAGAGUUCCAAGAAAGAGUUCUUCAAGAAAUUCCUCUAUGAACCCUUACCUGUGGAGAGCCAUUUAGACCACUGUUUACAUGAUCACUUCAAUGCGGAGGUGGUAACCAAGACGAUAGAAAACAAACAGGACGCAGUGGACUACUUGACCUGGACCUUCCUCUACAGAAGAAUGACCCAGAAUCCCAACUAUUACAACCUACAAGGUGUCACACACAGACAUUUGUCUGAUCAUUUAUCUGAGUUGGUAGAGAAUACAGUAUCAGAUUUGGAACAGUCUAAGUGUAUCAGUAUUGAGGAUGAGAUGGACAUGACUCCACUGAACCUGGGUAUGAUAGCAGCUUACUACUACAUCAACUACACCACCAUAGAGACCUUCAGUCUGUCCCUGAACAACAAGACUAAGAUAAAGGGACUCCUGGAGAUUGUAUCUAAUGCCGCUGAGUAUGAAGAUGUUCCCAUCAGGCAUCACGAGGAGGCCAUCUUAAAAUCGCUGGCGAGUCGUCUGCCGAAUAAACUGUCCAAUCAGAAGUAUAACGAUCCUCACGUGAAGACGAAUCUCCUACUCCAGGCUCACCUGUCACGCAUGCAACUGUCUGCAGAACUCCAGUCUGACACCGAGGAUAUACUCAGCAAGGCUAUCCGGCUGAUCCAGGCCUGUGUGGACGUCCUGAGCAGUAACGGUUGGCUGAGCCCGGCCCUAGCGGCUAUGGAGCUGGCUCAGAUGGUGACCCAGGCCAUGUGGGGCAAGGACUCCUAUCUCAAACAGCUACCCCACUUUACAACGGAGCUCAUCAAAAAGUGUCAGGAAAAGAAAAUUGAGAGCAUUUUUGAUGUGAUGGAGAUGGAGGAUGAUGAUAGAAAUGAACUCCUACAGAUGACGGAGGAACAAAUGGCUGACGUGGCCAGGUUCUGUAACAAGUACCCUAACAUAGAGAUGUCAUUCGAGGUCCAGGAAAAGGAGAGUCUUCACAGUGGUUCCCCAGUCAAUGUGCUGGUGUCCCUAGAGAGAGAAGAUGAAUUAGUGGGACCAGUGGUGGCCCCAUUCUUUCCUCAGAAACGAGAGGAGGGUUGGUGGGUAGUAAUUGGAGACAACAAAUCUAACUCCCUCCUGUCCAUCAGAAGAUUGACCUUGCAGCAGAAGGCCAAGGUCAAGCUGGACUUUGUGGCCCCUUCCCCUGGUCAUUAUAACUACACCAUCUUCUUUAUGAGUGACGCCUACAUGGGGUGUGACCAGGAAUACAAGUUCAGCAUUGACGUGAAAGAAGGAGAUAGUGAAAGUGAAAGUGACAGCGAUUAGAUCAGCUGAUCAGAAAGUGAAAAUAAUAAUGUGGUGGAGGAAAAAUGAGGAAUAAUUAUGUGUAAAAACCAUAGUACAGAAUAGAAAAGUGAAGCAAGAAUUCUUUAAAAGUUAUAAUAUGAAAGGAGGAUUGGAAAGAAAUAGAGUCUUGAGAUGGAAAUCAUGAUGG